AUGGUGCUAAUCGUACAAAUUGCCAUUGCUGGCGCACAAAUACUGGGCAAGGCGUUCCUUGCGGCCGGAAGGCAGGCUGCCGCAAAUGCAAAAUACAGGCCAGAAGCUAUCAGCGGCGACGUAGCAGGCAUGCGGAACGCGACCUCAGGCUCAUUCACCGACCGUCUGACGCGGGAGCAUCUGAUGACUUUGGACGAGGCUCGUCUCAUUUUGAAUGCGAAGAAAGAGGACCCUAUGGAGACAGUACUACAGCAUUGCGAACACCUCUUCAAAGCGAACUCGCCACCUGCGGCGCCGCCAAAACCGCAGCCGGGCAAGAAGUCGACUUCACAGUACUGGUCACACUACCUCCAGUCCAAAAUCGUACGUGCGCGUGAGCGGAUAGAAGCGGAGACCAAGGCUGCGGAGGCUGAACACAGCGCACCAAUACAAAACGCGGACGCGCCCCCGCCACCACCGCCAUCGCAAAACCAGGGGUCGUGA